AUGCAUACACCUAUGGGUCACGUGUGGCACACAAUUGACAUCCCUUUCCGUUUGUGGGCUCAACACAAGUGUUUGCCAUAAAUCCAGUUCCCCAUCGGUUUGAUUGUGUUUACAUCGCAUCCAUCACUGAAUCACAUCCAUGUCUACUGCGAAAGAGUCGGUGCCAUCGGUGCAGGUGUUCGGGCGCAAGAAGACGGCUACGGCUGUGGCCUAUUGUAAGCGCGGC